ACACGGUAUGGCUACACUACAUUCUAUGCCCCUAUGACCCUCAUCUGGUACUGGCCAAUCGCCCUUAGUGGAUAACGGCCAUUUCCCCGAGGAUGAAGAAGAAGAAGACAUUCUAGCCCGCCAUAUACACGGGGCAGACGACGAAGGCGGUCGAAACGCCCUGUGUGGCUGGUGGCCACUAUUCCUAGUGGUGGAAGAAGAAGAAGAAGAAUGGCGGAUUCCGGAGCGUUUGAUGCUUUCCAGGAGCCAACAGUGACCGUCAAUGACCCGUCCACAAAAGAGCGAACCGAAUCUUCCUAUCUCGACCGCAACAAAACCUGCAUUGUAGUGGCAUUGAGCGUUGUCAUUGUCCUGGCCUUGGCCCUGGCAGCACUCGUCGUGGUCUUCACGAGGAACGCGGAACAAUCGACGCCCGGGGACGCUGGGAUGGAGCCGACUCGCAAGUCCAUCACGCUUCCUAAACUCCCUCCGGGGCCGCCUUCUGAACCCAAUACUGAAGAUUACACGGACUAUGACGUAGCCGAGACAACUCGACAGGAACCGGCAGAAGGAACCACGCCCCUGCAAGAGUCGGGAAAGGUCUGCGACACCGAUGAUUGUGGGUUCAUCCGCGAGUACAUCGGGGCUCUGCUAGACACGGACAAAGACCCGUGUGACAACUUCUUCUCGUUCGUAUGUGGAAAGACUGAGCGGCUGCGACUGACCCACAUGUACAUUGAUCCUACUGCUUACGACCUGAUGGGUGAACGAAACCUGACGAUGGCCAUACAGAAAAGUCUACGGACGGAAGAAAUCCCCAGAAACGGAAAAACUGCAUUUCAGCAAGCUGCAGCGCUGUACCAACACUGCAACGAUGAUGACAGGGAAACAUCCGCGAGAGUCAUCAGAGAUUUCUUAGCCGAACACCAUAUGGAUCUAACAGGAAGCCUCUCAUUCGACCCCAUAGACAUCACUGUUAAAUUCAUAUUUGAAAUCGAUAUUACUCCCAUUUUUUUAAUGUACUAUUUUGCUUCGCAUGGUAGAACUGUUUUCGAGCUGGAGCAGGGGCAAGGAUCAUUAACUCUGACCGAACGCAGCAUCAAUGAGAUUAUUUCUUCUGUGUAUUCCACACACCUGCCUGAACUCACGCAACGCAUCAGGGAGUUACAGGACAGGGUAUCGCUUGUAACUGACUUCAAUUCGAAGCAAAAUGCUCACAAAGAUGACCUAGUGUUUGAAUUGUGGAAAAUAGGCUCAGAAAACGAAGACGAGGCCCUUUCCAAAGUGUAGACUGAAGCUCUCCAGCGCUACACGACGUCUAGGGCGUUACAAAAUUUGACAAUACUUAUGUCACAAGAGAACUUUGCGAAUUUUCACAGCUUUUUUGGAGAGCGAAGCAACUUCACCGCAGAUGACAUGAAGUUAUUUUGCGCAUGGCGCACUUUGCUGUGCUUGUACCAGAUUUCACUGAGUUCAGAAAAGUCGUGCUAUAAAACCAUUCUCGAGUACAUGCCGAACGCGGCAGGUUCUUCAGUGGUCUUCCACUUACUUGAAAGAAGGAGGACGAAAGCCAUUACAGAAAUGAUCCAAGAAAUCAUCAGUGAAGUCGAGAAGUCAUUAAGAACCACAUUGUUGCUGGACGAAGAAACACGCACUGGGGCCUUGAAGAAGCUGUCGAUGCUCCAGGUUCGAACGGGAUUGGCCCCAAAACUGAACACAUCAGAAAAACUCAACAAAUUCUACGAAGAUCUUCCCGACUUAAAUGGCCCUUACCUCCGGGACGUCCUAAACGUUAGCGCAUUCAGGACUCAAAAGCUCUGGAAGCAUGUAUGGAAUGGCUUUGAAGAGUACUACGAAGGCACGCACCUCAUUUCACAUCCAUACAUCAACAAUGCCUUCAAUACACCUGGUAGGAACCUUGUUACAUUCCUCGUUCCCAUGAUGCUGAAGCCCAACUUCAACUUGGGAGCCCCGCCUGAAAUAAACUAUGGUGCACUGGGAUCUACAGUGACGCAUGAGAUAAUGCACGACUUCGACACAUAUGGCCGUCAGUUCGAUCUCAACGGGACAAAAACGCCGUGGUUUACCAAAAAGAGCAAUAAGACGUUCCAGAAGUGGGAGCGUUGUUACGUGAAACACAUCAAGAACGCUCCGAAAGCAAGAGAUUAUUCUAGGACUCCAUUGGAAUAUCAAGCAGAUGCCCUCGGCAUGAACAGUAUUCUAAAGGCCUACCAGAAGGCUGCAAAAAGGUCUAAUGUUUACCUGGGCAACGUGAAAGGUUUCACGAGGGAUCAGCUCUUCUAUAUUGCCAAGUGUCUGAUUUGGUGCGAGUAUGACGAGACAAUUAUACCCCCACGACAUCCUCCUUGGGAUGAAAGAUGCAACGUGCCUCUUAUGAACUCUGAGCACUUCAGCAAAACAUUCGCUUGCCGGGAGGACUCGCCCAUGAAUCCACCCAAAAAGUGUCCCUUCUGGUAGGCAUUAAUUGUGACUAAUGUUGUCGUGUUUUGAUCGGCAUGUUGUUACAACGUCGUCUCUUAACACGUAUUGGCGAUUCACUGGGUCGGUGUGUAUAGCAGAUGUGCAAAAAUAAGAUUUUUAAUAGCCGUGGUGUGUCUAAUCAGUGGACUCGGUACAGUCAUUGCGAUGUAUUUCAGUUACCGUAGCCCAAUGCAGAGAAGUAAAUUAUUUUCUGAACUGUAGACUCGUAGAAAUCUAGGUACUACGAUAACGGACAAGUUUACAGAGCGCACAAUUAAAAUGUAUUGUUUUACACCGG